AUGAUUUGUCCCUCAGUCGUCCAGAAGUCCCGAACAGUCGCUCCGGCGGCCUCGAGUGAAGAUGCCUUACAAAAGGACCCCGUAGUGACCACUACGAGGACGGUCGAUACAUCUGGAGAUAUUGGUGGAGUCGUGGAGAUUGCUGUGCCCAAUGAAGUGGUGGGUGCGGAGGAUGUGUUGGCUCGAAAGGAGGGUGAUGUUUUAGCGACAUUUAUUGAAAUAGACCGGUUGCAAGACCAAGGAAUAAAUGUGGCUGAUAUCCAGAAGUUGAAGCAAGCGGGAUACCAGACCGUUCUAUCAGUGCUUCAGUCGACUCGCAAGGAGUUGAGUCAGCUGAAAGGAUUUGCUGAGGCAAAGGUGGAGAAAGUGCUAGAAGCCGCAGCAGCGCUGGACAGUUCUCAGUGUAGUUUCAUGACGGGCUCGAUAUUGCUACAGCGGCGUGCGAAUAUUAUACGGCUUAGUACAGGGUCAGUUAUUCUGGACAAAAUGCUCGCUGGAGGCAUUGAAUCCUCGGCCCUAACGGAGGUCUUUGGAGAGAACCGGUCGGGAAAGACCCAGAUUUGCCAUACGCUAUGUGUCACGUCACAGUUGCCCUUGGAUAUGGGCGGCGGAAACGGCAAAGUGUGUUACAUAGAUACUGAGGGCACGUUUCGCCCGGAAAAGAUCGCACGAAUAGCCGAGAGAUUCGGCUUAUCCCCCGAGGACGUUUUAGACAAUAUCCUGUAUGCCCGGGCCCAUACGCAUGAGCACAUGACGCAGUUGAUUUGCAUGGCUGCAUGUCGCAUGGUUGAGGAGUCCUUCAGCUUGAUGAUAAUUGACAGCAUCAUGGCUCUAUUCCGGGUAGAGUUCUCGGGUCGUGGAGAUCUGGCCGAACGGCAACAGGUGCUAGGAAAGGCUUUGAAUCGGUUGCAGAAGAUCGCCGAACAAUUCAAUGUGUGUGUGCUCUAUACCAACCACGUUAUGGCCGACCCUUCUGGUGCCAUGACCAUGGUCGCUAACCCGUCCAAGCCUAUUGGAGGACAUGUUCUCGGGCACGCUAGUACCCACAGACUGCAGCUGCGAAUCGGGCGAGGCGACCAACGGAUUUGCAAGGUGUACGACUCCCCCUGCCUUCCGGCGACUGACUGUGUGUUUCAACUGAGUGGUAAGCGUCUUCCACUUCCUCACAUCAAUCCACUCGCUGCAGAUCAAGGGGUGAUUGACCCAACGGACUAG